GUGAGCACGAGGCAGAGCAGCGCCAACGGGCACCGGGGAGCGUUUGGCCGCACAAACACACACAGCAGAGAGCAGCGAGGCAGGAAGGGACAUGGGGAAUACGAAGAGCAGCGCUCUGUCCAAGGAGCUCCUGGACGAGCUCAAAUCCAACACCAAGUACUCGGAGGCCGAGCUCUGCACGUGGUACCAGUCCUUCCUGAAGGAGUGUCCCAGCGGGAAGAUCAGCAAGGAGCAGUUUGAGGGGAUCUACGCCGGCUUCUUCCCGGACGCAAACCCCACGGCGUACGCGCGGCACGUGUUCCGAAGCUUCGACACCAACGCCGACGGCACAUUGGACUUUAAGGAGUACAUCGUGGCCCUGCACCUCACGUCCGGGGGAAAGACCCUGCAGAAGCUGGAGUGGGCCUUCGCUCUGUACGACGUGGAUGGGAACGGGACCAUCAGCAAAAAUGAAAUCCAAGAAAUAGUUCGGUCUAUAUUCAACAUGAUUCCUGUGGAUGACCAGAAGAACCUCCCUGAGGACGAAAACACGCCGGAGAAACGAGCGGAAAAAAUCUGGACGUUUUUCGGGAAGAAAGAGAACGAUAAAAUCUCAGAGGGAGAGUUCAUUCGCGGCGUGAUGGACAACAAGGACAUCCUGCGGCUGAUACAAUAUGACGAGCCCCAGAAAAUCAAAGACAAGCUGAAGGAGAAGAGGCAAUAGCGCCGGAGCCGACGCCUCCUCCUGAGACUGUGGUACUUUUCCGUUGACAUCAUCACCAGACCGGCUGCUCGCACGCUCCCCUCACGUUUUCCUAUCGCUACAUGGUUUCAUCAAUGCAUCUAGAGAGAAGUGAUUUAUAACAGAAAUGGCGAGUCAAGGCCUGGGUCAUGUUUUGGAUCGUCGUUGCGCCAUGAUGUCAGCCUGUCGGCGACACGUGGCACCGGUUCAAGGAGCCAUGUUAUUCCCACCGCUGGCAGAGAGCGCUCCUCUGGCACCUGUGUCCCGGUUGUAGUUAAGUAAAGACUAAUUAGGAAAAGUAGUCAGUAAUUUGUCACUUUGAUCAGACAUAUCGUCCACAACGCGACCUUCACGUGUGCAGUUCAACAGCGUUUGACUCAACGUACAGUGGUGUAGAGUUCUACGACCGUUACACAACAACGAUCACUUCUCACACACCCGUCCUGACUGUCGGACCGCUUGGACUCAUUCAUCAUGUUGACAGCAAAGAAAGACCAGAUGAGCGCUCCUGAUGAGAGGAAUUAGGCUCAGGUUAACAAUCCACCUGCAUCAGCCAAUCCUAUUAGGAGCUGAAGGUCAGUUGAGACAAGCAGCCUUCUAGUUAGGAUAAUGAGGAGCUUGGCACGAAGAAGGAUUCACUGCCCCGAUGCUGUAUCGCUUUUGUUUUUUCUCAGUUUCUUAGCUUUUAGAGAUGUUAUGGAUGAAAAAGGAAUGUUACAGAGCGUUUAAAGUGAGAGAUAUGCAGUGACAACAUUUGCCUUCUGCCACGUAGAGAAUAGACGCGUCGCCUUUACAAACACAUCAACAAACCUCCUCCUGUGCAAACCUGCUUACGGAGAUUAACUAGCUUGUGUGUUGUGAUACUUAAAGGCAUCCUGUGGAGUUUUCAUACAAACCUAAAGAACCCAAACACUGCCCUGGUAAAGAACACAGGCUUGAGCUGGGUGUUGAUGUGUGACACAGUGGUGACCUGCACUUGCACAAAUAAGAUUACACCCGAAACUUCGCUCAAUACCACCUCUAGUGGCCAAAACUCCACAGGAAACCUUUAAAUUCUGUUUUACUCGCGUUAUGCUAAGAAGUAAAUAUUGUCCCAAAUGUUUUGUGUGUAACCAUUAAGAGGUAAAAAGUAACACAGUGGAUGUUGCACUUUCCAUUUUCAUCUGUUACACAAAACAAGUACUCAUUUUACUGCUGAUUCCCUGCUUAAAAGAAGCAAAUAGCUAAAUAAGCCUCUGAAUAACAAGUGUCAUCACACACAGUGUGAAACGUGAUCGCGAGAGAUACACAUCAACUGGUGCUUUCCUUUUAGCAUCCACGUCUGAGCCUGAUUUCUUUUUAUGAAUUUCAGUAAAUUUGUGUAGUGAAGUCAACUUGCAAUAAAUGUGAUGUUGUUUUGUCCGUGAUGUAAUGUUUAAAUUUGCUACAGCUGAAUGGUUAUACACAACAUUAAUACACUUACAGUACAGUCGUAGCACUUCAAUGUGUCAACCUUUACGGCAAUCUGUUUGCAUUUUCAGCGCGGUAUCACCGGGUUUUAAGCGCAUUGGAGCUGUGUUGCGUCUAUUUGGCCUAUAGGUAUCAUCUACUGUAUGUACAAUUAUCUAAAGACAAAAACAAAAAUAAAAGGUGUAAUAACU